UGCAAUGAAAUGUUAUCCAGCUGAAGUCUAUUGUCUGUCAUGUUUCUGUCAAAUACCCUUGAUCAUUUUCAUGUUCAUAGUGAUGAUUUUGUUGAAUUUAUUUUCGAGUUAUUUAUGCGGUGAUACAAUGCAUCUAAAUGCUAAUCCGUUGAAAUAAACGAGAUUCGAUGAUUGUUCACCUGUGUGAUGGCUAUAUUUGAAAGCCCAACUCAAACAAAACCUAUUGUCGAUGAUACUGAAAAGCUGAUUUGUGUCGUUGAAAAUGCACAAAACAUCAACAAACAUACAGAGUAUAUUUUACGGGUCCAAAGAGGUCCCAAUAAGGAGAACAAGUGGAAUGUGUCCCGAAGAUACCGGGACUUUGCUGCGCUUCAUGCCAGCUUACACCCAGCCAAUAUUGACCUGCUGUUACCACCAAAGAAACUUAUUGGGAACAUGCAACCAUCUUUUAUUGCUGAAAGACAGAUUGCAUUACAGAAUUACAUCAAUGAGGUGCUGAAACAUGAUAUACUGGCUAUGUCAUUGCAAGUGAGAAGUUUUUUAGACCCCAAAAAUUACACAUUAGCUAUUGCAGAACAAGCAUUGCAGACGAUGUCCAUAGCGUUGCGUGGCGACGGUCGGUACGAACUUAAAGCACCACUCACUGACAUCGGAUGGAGGAUCCGCAAGCACUAUUUUUUUGUGACAGACAUCGAAAGCCGAAGUAAUUGCGUGUUGUCGUGGCAGAACUACGGGCCGGACCGCCAUCUCAGCGAUAAGGAACUGCAGACGGCGUUCAAGAGCCUCCUCACUCUAUCUCAUCCAUUCAUAGAUCCAAUUUUAGCGAUACAUAAUUUAGAGACGGGUGCGUACGUAGUAAGAAGGAUACACGAAAGCGGGAGCCUUAGGGAUAUAUUGUACGGGACGGAGUACAGUAAGAGUCACCUGGCCAAGUAUGGGAACCCGAAGGUCAGGCGGCCCUUCACGCACGGCCAGAUCUCACAUUACGGAUACCAAAUAUUGAUUGCGUUGAAGUUCCUACACGACAAGGGAAUACCACAUGGCCACGUCCACCCCGGAAACAUAGCGAUAGAGAACCAGAAAGUGUUACUAAUGGAGUUGGAAAACAGUCUAAUGGGCGUGUCCUGCCUCCAUCGGCCGAAGCUGGUCAGCAGCCGUGCGUCCUCGGCCUCGGCGGUGGACGUCUACUGCUUUGGCCUGACGCUGUACGAGAUGGCCUUUGCGGAGCCCCUACACACGCACUACAGGGACCAGUUCCCGACCUCCAUAUCUGAUGAUUUAGAAUCCGUGUUUCGACUGUGCCUAUCCCGCGUGACGUCAAAGCACGGCACGCCAUCAAUAUCGGAGCUCCUCAGUCACCCGAUGUUUGCGCGCGCGCCGCUCAACGGAUUGUCAGCUAUGCCUGAAGACGACCGCGCGCACUUGAAGUUCCCCAUCACUUUGAAGGACGAAUUGAAGGCGGCCACAGCUGCGUUUGAAGCUAGGCUGAAGAGCGAGCAGAAAUUAGUAAGAAAUGCUAGGAGAGAAGUAAGGAUACAAGAGAUUUUGGGUUCCGAAGAAGAAUUGCGAAGGCAGAAACGAAGAGCGAAAAAGCGCGACAGUAUGUGGAAGUCAACGUCGUCCCUCGCGGACACUGUGCGCUCGCACAGCACCGCCUCCUCUCCCACGCCGCCCGCGCACUCGGCGGACGCAAGCGGUGCUAGUUCAUGCACACCCGCAGCGGCCAGCCCGGCCACCCCACUCGCCAGCCCCGCCAGCCCCCUCGCCGGCCCAGCCACCAACGGAGCCCGAGGAGCCCUUCUCGACGCUAUAUGCAACUUUGAUAAAAAUAGACUGUCAAGAGUCAACUCCCGGUGAGCCUACAUCAUCGCCUUUGCUCCAAAGGUGACGUAGGAACGGGCCAUAUGUAGACCAAAACAUUUUCUGCCGGCGAGCAAUUAAAAAAUGCCCAUCCGGUAAUAUGUCGACCAUUUACCCACGGGGACCACGAGUAAACACAGCCUAUGACCAAGGACGGUAAAUGACCCCAACUCGACACUAUAUGCAGUUUUGAUAAAGUCGAAAAUAUUGAUUAGUUCUUAUGUAAACACCAAUACGUACGGCACAAGAAAGGUUAACAGUCAACUUCUACUUAAUACCACAUAAGACAUUUUUAACCAAACUGCUUUUGCUACCAACAGUAACUUGAUGCUAUAUUAAACUAUGACCACAAUACCUUGUUGAAGUUCCGAAGUUCAUCUAUCUAGAUGAAUCUUCAUCCAAACACGGGGCUUUGUGACAAAAGUAAUUAGAUAUUUUAUUUUUACAUAAUGAAUUAUAGGUUUUAGCCUAAAAAUCUGCAAUGCAAAUCUCUGUAAAAACGUAAGUUGUACAGUACAAGACAUGGAAUAUAGAUAGGUAGUUAUUGAUAAAAUGAUUUUAUUACGAACAAAGAAACUCUGUUAUUUGGAAAGGUUAUAUAAAUGUGUGUAGAUAUGUACAAAAGCGAACGAAUUUGUCUGAGGUUUUUAUUAGGUGCUCUAAGAAUUUUAUACGAAACCACAGUUUAAGUAAUGUAUAGUGACAGCUGAUUUUCGAGAUCUCAUUUUCGUCACUGCACAAAUUGGUUCCUGUUUUCAAUUUGUGCAGAAGACAAAGCGCGACUCAUAUAAAACGGAUUUUUUUUAAGUUAACCAUUGGUUUACCCGACACUAAGAACAAAGCAUUUUCGGUGAACUUUAUUUCUAUUGACAGACAGUGCGCAAAAUUAAAUUCAAACAUGACUCAACGAGUUUAUGCGUAGUAUGUUGUUUAAUUUUGCACUGUCUGUCCAUAGGCUUAACUUAAUAUUUUACAUGUUACCAGAAAAUGUUCUGUUUUUAGUAAGUGCAGUCACUAUAUCGACGUUGUGUAACCGUUCCAAAUUAAUUAUAAUGUAUAGAGCUAAUAUAAUGAUCGUGUAGCAUUUAUAUUACUAUUUGUAUUAAUAUUUAAGAUGAAAGUGAUAAAACGACUGGUCAGUCAAUGUUAUAAUUUAAAUUGGUCUAUUGAAAUUAUUUAAUCUAUCGUUAGCUAAGUAGAAGCUUUAACGUUUAGAGUAAGUUACGUUAAUUAUUAUUGUUUAUUAUUUUUGUUGUAACUUUAAAAAAAUAAAAAGUUACUGUAA